AUGAAUGCUUGGUUUGCCACAUUGCUUGGUAUUUUCUACUUUGUAAAGAUCACCACCUUCUCUCACCCCAUUUUCCUCCAAGUGAAGCAAAGAAUCUCUGGACUGGUGCCAAGGCUGCUUCUGGGCUCCGUUGCUCUCUCUGCUAUUACAUCUAUAAUGUCCAUUAUUGUAGAACCAACGUUGAGCAAUGGUUUGUCCAUGUACUUUGUCAGUUCAUCACUUUUGAGCAUCAAUGGUUCAGAAAUUAAAGGGUCUAAUUCCGGUAACCUCUCAGAUAUUGUAUUAAGUGUCUCAACUUUUAUUCCACUUCUGCUUUGUUUGUCCUCAUCUGUCUUGUUAAUAAUCUCUCUGUGGAAACACAAAAGACAUUUGCAACACAAUGGAAUUGGCACCAAGGAUCUCAACACUCAAGCUCACUUGACUGCCAUUAAAGCUCUGGUUUCCUUCUCUGUUCUGUACCUGUCCAGUUUUCUAGCACUCAUUGCACAGACUAUACUGAUCUGGAAUAACAUGGAUCACACUUGGCCAAUAAUGCUGAUAACUAACGUUAUUGCUGCUUUUCCCUCUGGACAUGCUUUUAUCCUGAUAUUAAUUAAUCCCAAACUGAAGCAGACAUGGGUCAGGAUUCUCCAUCACUUACAAUGCUGUUUGCAUGACAUGUCUGUCAGGACUACGCCUGUCAGUGCCUUGAUGCUGCCUUGA